AUGUCUCUCUCCCAUUUUUUCUUCCUUUUCCUCUUUUUCCUACCUCAUUCUCCUCCUCCUUGGUUCUCUUACCCUUUCUUUUUCCAGUCAUGUUCUACGCUAUCUUCUACAACUGUUAACUUCCUAAGUCAGAUUCAUCUUCGUUUGGACUCUCCUUUUUUACUUUUCUUCCUACCUCUCACAUAUUCUUCUCAUUAUCGUCGUUCCCAACCUUCAUCCUCUCCGGGUGUCACAUUUUUAUUCUUCCCACCUUCGCCUUUUCCUCCUCUUCUUUUUUCGUGUCGUUCAUUUUCAUUAUCUCUACUUCUAGUCAUCACUCCAUCGUUAAUUCCUAUUCUUUUUUUUAUUCUCAUCUUACCAUUCAUCAUAUUUUACCAUUCUACAUCACCUUCCUCUGCUGGACAUUUCUGGUUUUUUCUUCCCACGUCUCCCAUAUUCCACUCCUUUUCUUCUUUGUCAGCCUCCAUUUUAAUCCAAUCUACACUGCUUAAUCCCCAUUCCGUCACCGUUAAUUCUUCCUAUUUUUUGAUUAUCGUCGUCGUCUCUUUAUCUUCUUACCAUUCUGCAUCAGAAUCUUCCCUUUUUGGUCUCUCCUUUUUUCUUCAUUUUUACCCACUCUCCCCACUUUUCAUCCUCUCCUGGUCUCUCUUUUUUCUUCUUCAUCCCUCUUUAUUUUCACAUUCUAUAACUUUCUCCAUCCCCAUUGCCCCACUCUUCCUCAUCAUUCCCCUAACGUUAAAUAUUUCAUUUUUUUUAUUCUCCUCAUCUUUCUAUCUUCCCAAUUUUAUCAUUCUACAUCAGCAUCAUCCUUCACUGUUCUCUCUUUCUUCUUCUUCUUCUUCUUUUUUCAUUUUCACUGUCUCUCCCUUGCUUCAUCCCAAACCACCCACUGGUAAUUCUUACUCUUUCUUAUUCUCCUCAUCUUUCUAUCUUCCUACUUUUACCGUUCUACAUCAGCUUCAUCCUCUCUUGAUCCUCCAUUUUUCUUCUAACUCUUCCUUCAUUUUCACCAUCUCUACCCUGCUUCACACCCAUUCUUUCUCCGUCGGAUGCCCCCUUUGUUCGCAUUGUCUCCCUUCGAGGGCAACUUAUACCCCUCUUUUUCUUCUCCUAACUGUUUACUAUUUCUAUCAUUCUCCACCUCCUUCUUUUCUCGUUGUCUUUCCUCACUUUUCGUCGGUUGAUUUCUUCUAUUUCUUUUUCCAUCUCUCGCCCUUUUCAUUUUUUUUCUUUCUCCACUUUCUACUCCCCUCGGAAGGUCACUUUAUUUUGUUUCUCCAUUAA